AUGGGCUCCUGGAUUAAUAACCAGUGGCAUUGGGACUUUAGAUGGUCUGCAACUGUGGUUGGGUCUCUUGAAAACCAGAGAUCUAAAAUGAUGAACAUAGUCUCUGCGUUUUCUUUACUUCAAGGGAGAAGUGAUACUUGGUGGUGGGUAAAGGAAAGGAAUGGGCUAUAUUCUGUCCAUUCUGCCUAUGAGUCUAUUGCAGAUAAUGGUUUCAGUGAAGAUGAGUUUGUCUUUCGGAUUGUUUGGAAAAUACUGGCUCCUUCAAAUGCUCAGGCUCUGGGUUGGAAAAUUCUUAUUAAUAGAAUUCCAACGAAGGAUAAUUUACUGCAUCGGAAUGUCCCUCUAGCUAGCACUGUAUGCUCUUUAUGUUUGUCACUUCCUGAGUCUGCUGAUCAUCUGUUGUUUACCUGUAGUUUUGCGUGGCAGGUGUGGAGUCUCGUUGUAAAUUGGUUGGGAUGGAGGACUGUCUUACCUGGAUCAGCCAAGGACCAUUUGAUUCAGUUUUCGAGCUGGGGAUCUGCCAAGACAAGGAUAGGUUUGUCUUGUGUUUGGCUUGCUGUGAUAUGGCAGUUAUGGAUUGUCAGAAAUGGGGUGAUUUUCAGGAAUGAGGCGGUGGAUCUAUGUGAAGUGUUUGAGCAAGUCAAAUUGAAAUCCUGGUUGUGGCUCAAGGCUAAAAGUAGGGGAUUUUCUUAUUCCUAUUCUGAAUGGUGUGGAGAGCCUAUGGUUUGCUUUGAGGUCCUUUAA